AUGGGCAUCCCGCGCUUCUACCGCUACAUGUCCGAGCGGUAUCCGCUGCUGAACCAGCCCAUCUCGGACGUGUCGCUGCUGCCCGAGUUUGACGCGUUUUACCUCGACAUGAACGGCAUUAUCCACAACUGUACCCACUCGGAUACAGCAACCGACGCCGUGUUGUCGCAGCAGUCGCUCGAGGCGCAACUCCACGGCAUUUUCACGUACUUGGAUCGUCUCAUCACGCACAUUAUCAAGCCGAAGCAGCUCGUGUACAUUGCAAUUGACGGCGUCGCGCCGCGUGCGAAGCUCAACCAGCAGCGCUCGCGUCGCUUUCGAGCGGGACUCGAGCGCCAAGAGGCGAUGGAAAAAGAGAGGCACUUGAAGAUUCAACUGAACAAUGGCAACACGAACGAAAGAAGGAGUGGAGACGAGACAAAGGGUCAAUCCAAUCCAUUUGAUUCGAAUUGCAUCACGCCCGGCACGUCGUUCUUGAGCACGUUGUCACAGCAUUUGGUCUACUUCGUCCGUCGCAAGAUGAAAGACGAUCCAUUGUGGGCGCGACUCGAGGUGUUCUUCAGUGGCAGUGAAGUACCAGGAGAAGGGGAACACAAGAUUGUUGAAUUUAUUCGGCAUCGGAAAAUGACGGCGGACUAUGACGCUAACGUGCGGCACUGCAUGUACGGCAGUGACGCGGACUUGAUGUUAUUGGGUCUCAUGACGCAUGAGCCUCAUUUUACGCUCGUGCGGGAGACUGUAGUGUGGGGUCGGCAGCACAACCGAGUGGCUGCAAAACAGAUUGAAGAGCAGCAGUGGCAGUUGGUUCAUUUGAGUCUUUUUCGGGAGUACUUGAUGCUAGAGAUGCGCGUCGAGGCGCCACUGGAUGGAGAGCGCAUGCUGGAUGAUUUCAUUCUGUUGACGUUCUUGCUUGGUAAUGACUUUAUUCCUCAUAGUCCGACACUAGAGAUCAGUGAGGAUGCGAUUCCGUUGCUGCUGAAAGUGUAUCGGAAGCUACUGGAGACCCACGAGGGAAGCUACUUGACGCUUAACGGAAACCUUACCAACGUGAAGCUACUGCAGGAGCUUUUCCAGGUGAUUGGCAAUGAGGAGGAGAAUAUUCUAAUCAACCGUGCGACUGAGGAGAAACAACGAUCUGGACGGCGAGGCAAGAAGCACCAAUCGAUUCAGCACGACGUUGACGCGGAGGAAGUUCAGAAAGCUAUUAUUGCUCUCCGCGACGACGACAAUGUUGAUUGUCCACCGUUGCUGGUAGAUGAUGACGAUGGAGACGAAGAAGAAGCUGAGCGGGCAUUGCUGGAGGCUUUAGACGGCCGCGAAGACACGAAACUGUUGUUUGAACUCGAGAAGAGCGAUCGCGAAGUGUUGAUGCUUGUUGGCAGCGAGAGUUUUCAGGAAACAAAGUGGACUUAUUACGAGAGGAAGUACGGCAUCAAGCGGGGCAAUGGUGACGCUGCCAACAAGGAAUUGGAAGACGUGAAAAAAGCUUACAUGGAAGCAUUAGUUUGGUGUCUUGCGUAUUACUACCAAGGUCCACCGUCAUGGGCGUGGUACUACCCGUACCAUUAUGCACCAAUGGUUUCUGACUUGACGGAUAUUGAGAACCUGAUUGCAAAUGUAGUAUUUGAUGAAGACCUGUCGAUAGCAGGCCCGUUGCUACCGUUCGAGCAGUUGAUGUCGAAUCUGCCGUCCUCUAGCGCCGACCUCGUGCCGAAGCCGUACCGCUUUUUAAUGCUCUCGCCUUUGUCACCAAUCAAACAUUUCUAUCCAGAGAAGUUUGCAAUCGAUACCGAAGGCAAGCGAAACGCUUGGGAAGGCGUCAAUUUACUGCCUUUUAUCGACGUGAAGUUGCUCAAGCAGGCUAUUGCCCAGUACUGCCCGGACUCGGAGCUCACAGAAGUUGAGCGGCGGCGCAACAAGCUGCAGCGUGUACCGAUUCGUAUCGUGCGGGAUUUGAAUGUGCUCGACACGCUCGAAUCUAGCCUACCUGGUGCUGUCGGAUAUCCUGAUGUGAAGUACUGCAAUACGCGAGUGGAAGAGUACGAUCUUCCAGUUAUUCCCGGUGGCAGGUUCCAGAGCAAGCUGAUGGAUGGUGUUGUGCUGCCGCUUCCGGGCUUCCCGUCGCUUUACACGGUCCAGCUUGAAAGUACUCGCAUAGCUAGUGUAAGGUUGAAUUGUUUUGGAAUGAGCUCACGUAAGUCCAGUUUGAUUCUUCAGCUCCCGGCAUCCGGUAAGCUGAACGACGGAGAAAGCGCCGCCGUAGAUGAAAUUAAUCCGCGUGAGUUGUUGGGGAGUACCGUCCUUGCGAAUUGGCCAAACCUUCACGAGGUACUUGUUGUGGGAAUCAGUACACCGUCAGGAGAAUAUCGGCUGAAGCAGUUUAGUCGCAAGCGCAAUAACAGUGGCCGCAAGUCGAGCGAAAUUGAGUUUACACAAUACGGCUCGGACGAGAAGAGCGCAUGGAACUAUUACGCAAAGACUGAGGUAGUCAAGCUGCUGUCCGGGCGUGGCAUUCCUGGCAGCGGCGGCAUUGAUUUGGGGAGAGCCGGAAUUACCGUGGUACUACAUGUGCUACCUCUCCAGGGCAUGGUGUCAAAUCCACUUACAGGUGCCAUUGAGAAGAAGUUUGGAGAGACAGAGGCAUUUGUACCUGCCCAACUUACUGUCCGUAACCGUAAGCUUCUCGAUGCACGUUUCGAGGAAACGGCAAUGUUAUCGUUGGACGAGCGCUUUCCUGUUGGUUCAAAAGCGCUCAUCACACACGGCAAGUGGCUGGGCUGUACGGCUAUUGUGCGUGAACAGGAUGAAGAAAACCACGCUCUUACCGUUCAUGUGAACACAAUCGAUCAGGAACCCCCGUUUGGAUACGUAAUCGCGCAAACGAUCACCGAUCGUUUCGUUCCGGGUUACAUGGUAGCCCAAAAGUUAGGUAUUUCUGCGUCAACAUUGGGCUUACUCACCGGAAGUGUGAUAAUAAAGCCCGUUGGUGCUGAUGUCGGAUUGAACAUCCGCUAUCGUAAGGAGUUGCUUCUUCCCGGAUAUUGCAGACUCGCCAAUCACGACAAGAACGCCUUCAGUCGUGGCAAUGAAGUUGAUGUGUGGAGGAAGGGCGACAUUGUAAAGAUCGUUGGCAGCCGCGGUAGCAGCGAAAGUGGUGAUGAAAAUUCGGGACACUUGCAGACUAGAAACGGCGGCGUCACUAUAUGGGAGUACACGGAUCGUGCGGUGCAGCUCAUUGCGUCCUACCAGGACAAAUUCCCCAACGUUGUUCGUAACUUGAGCCGACUACCCUUUGCCACGACGUACCGAGGCAAAGAUGUGUUCGGAGUCGAUGACAACGAACUCGUGGAGGUCCAGGCAGGAGCAGUGAAGCAGUGGAUUGAGCAACAACGCUUGGGUGCAAGCGAGCAUUCUAAGCAUAUUCCGAUCACUUCGAAUUACGUUGCGUCGAAAGCUGUUCGUGCGUUGGAAGUCGCAGGAUCUUUGCGCGCAGCGGAGCGCGCGAAGACUGAAACGGAACAGAGAGGUGCAGCUAUCGUUAUAACAACCAGAGCCGCGGACCUAUUUCGUCCGAACCCGUUGGUGAACCAAGACUUGACGGGACACGAAGUUUCGCAGCGGUCGUCGAUAAACCGAGGCGCGCCAAUUUUGGGAGACCGAGUGAUUAAUAUCAGUGCGCGUGGCGUGCCGUUCGGCCACCGUGGCACUGUUGUGGCUACUCACGUUAGCAGUAAGUGCGUUGAGGUACUCUUUGAUGAAAGCUUUACAGGCGGUGAGGCACUUUACGGAACGUCUAGCGUUGAUCGCGGCAAAGUCGUUGCCUGGAACAGCCUGCUUUGUGUGUCGGCUCCUCCAGGCAGCACGAAACAAGCCCGCAAUGAUCGUACGAAGCAUGGAUCGAACAAAAAUAGCCAACGGGCAAACGUUUCAAAUGCGCGACGUGCUUCGGGCGGAGAUUAUGCGAUCAGCACAAACAUGUGCGCUCCAAAAAGACUUGUGAAGGCAACAGCUAUAGCUCCUGAGAUGACUCGUGCACCGUUGGUGCCGCCGCCAGUUCCUAGCGCGAUGCCAGCACCCCCAGACCCGGAGAAGAUUCAGCAGCUUAUCGAAAAGUGGAGCCAUGGCGGCGAAGAUGCUGUUCAGUGCAGUGAAAAAGCACGAUGCAGCGUCAAGGAACCGGCAGAUUCAUCGUCAUCGCUACAGUCGUCGGUAGUGGCGCCGGCACCCCUGUCUUCCGAGCAAAACCUGGCUCCAUCCGUUGCUGCUUUUUUUACAGCAGCCGCUGCUACGCUACCGGCACCUCCCGUGGAUGCAUCCGCUGACCCGGUGAUAGGUCCGUCUCCUGACACGUACCAACACAAACUCCCUGGUAUACCCUCGCUACAAUCGCCCUCCCAACCGUGUGUAGUCCCGUCACGAUGUGUAGCGCCACCGACUCCAGUAUACUAUGGGACCCAGCCGCCUAUGCCUGGACAGAAACCGCAGCUUAUUCUAAUGCCUGACGGUUCGUAUGCCCCCCUGUACGUGCCCCAACCCGGAGCGGUCGUGCCGUCCCAGCCGCAACUUCCGGCCCCAUUGAAUGAAGGAAAGUGUCCUGUUGGAGUUGCUCGUCUCUAUCAGACCCAGACAAAAGGGAGUACACAGACGUCAACCGGACCUAGUGGGUCAGAGCCUAAGCACAGCAUUCGUGGAAGGGGCAAGAAGGGAACGGCUUCACAAAGUGAGGGCACUCCGAUUUCAAGACAGGCAGGUGCUCAAGGAUCUCAGACGAAGUGGGUUCCAAAGCAGGGCGGCAAUGCCAAGUCGAAGGGUGGACCGCAACUCUUGCUUCCGUCACAGGUCAUGAGGCAGCAGAAGCCUUAG